CUAUAGUUGCUUUACUUGGCACUACUUUUAGAUGUGUCAGCAGCUCCCAUGCUAAUGUUCCUACGCCUUUAGCUAGGAACGUGGCUCCAAUUGCAGCUUGGAUGACGUAGUUGAGCUUCUCGUUGCUCAUCCUUCCGAGUAUGGAGGUGAGCAACGAGGCUCUGUGCAUCGUAUCCAGCGCACGGGCGUCGAUCGUCUCCGCGCUUGAGUCUGUCCGACAUGAUGAGCCGGAGCGGAAUGAUCCCAAGAAGCCAGUCAACUCGGGGUUAACUAGUGUGCUGCUUUCUAGUAGCUGCCCGAUGGGCCGCUGUAGCAGCAUUUCUGCGAGCGCAUGCUUCACGUCUUUAUGGCUGUACUUGUCCGCCCCUGCACCGUCCUUUAUUUGCCAGCGCUCGAUGCCCAGUGUAAGCGGCAGGCCUCUAAAACUCAUGCUCCCAUCGCACGAGGCCUCUACUAGAUACAGCGACUAGAUGUAUCGCUAGUACCAGCUAAUGCGAUCUAGUUGUGCAGCUGCUCGGGACAUCCACUCUUGGGCGGCCGUCAACUUCGCUGCGAACCGCUGCUGCUGCGACGUCUGCAUCGGCUACAAGGGCGCGUCGUGCGCGCGCGAGCGCGCUAGGAGGUCCGCGCGCCAGAGUUUCUUGAGAGCAAGUAAAAAACUAGAAAGAAGACGUGGAUUGCACGCAAUAGAGCUUGAAGCGCUCAUGGCGCCCAAGAAGAAGCAGAAACGGCGCGCUAAAAAGUUGCCCGAACACUUGAUAAAGGACGCCCCAGCCGGAUUAGACAUGACCAAACAAGGUUUAGAGGCCCCGCGCCCCUUUAUUUUAACCCAUACUAGCUCUAGUUCAAUUAUUCUCCUUAGGCCUUGUCGCCGAACACCUCCUUUCCCGAAGGGACGUCACAGUAAGGAACAAGCACAUUUGAAAGAGGUCUACCUUGCUUCUCAACAGAAUGCUGAAGAAGAAGAUAGCGACGGACCGGAGCCGGAAGCUGCAGGCCGAGCCCCAGAGGACGAUUACGAACUACCUGGGUGCGAAAACGACAACGGAGCUGAGAACCAACCAGCUGCAGUUGAAGAGGAACCGAAGCGCACGGAGGUUCUUAGCGAACGCAUCUCAGACAAUAAAAACUGGUUUGGCGAGGACCUUCUACACUUUGAGGCUUUGGGAUUGGUAAAACUAGUUCACUGUACUAGUAUGGAUUCUAGUUUGCUCAUAGGGCCGCACCGUCUGCCUCGUCCCGGAACCGCGAUGCAUGCUUGUUAUGGUGUGGCAAUUGUGAAGGCGGUCGGGUCGGGGAACGUUCAGUGCCAAGUGCAGGGCGCUUUCGACGUUGUGUCACAAGAUGCUGUGCAAAAAAUGUCAGACCAAGAACUUAAGUAUUAUCUCCUGUACAAAGGUGCAGGUGGCCGCGGCAACGCAAAACCCAAGUGGUGGCCUGAGGAAUACGACCGAAAAAUAGAGGCACUGACCAAGGGAGGUGCCAUACUAGUUCGCCAUUCUAGUAAGCAACCCGUCCUCAACCUGUAG